GGCACUGCUGGCUUGAACAGUGUAACUAUGUCAAACACCGACUUUCAAGCAGCUGUAAAGCAGGAAGAGGCAUAUCUUCGACAAGUGCAUCCCACGCCAGAAGACAUUCCAGGAUGUAUGACACUGUUUGACGACUUUCUAUUAUGCAAUGUCCUGGGUGCACAAGUGAAAUCACUUUACAGGUUUGGUCGGAUGUCUGAAUGUAAACACAAAAUGGAGGACUUCAAGUUUUGCAUGAGUCUUAAAUCUAUGCACCCAGAGGACAAAAGGGAUGCUUGGAUCCGGAGGCGUGCGGAAUGGUGGGCACAUAAACGACUUGCGAAGAGCAGUGAAAAUAUUUGGGACGUCCGCAAGGAACCCCUCCAGAAUUGGCCGCCUCCUUCUACUUCUAAUGAUGUAGAUACGGUACAGAGGUCGGGAACCAUUGCGUGAUCGAAAUGCAAGCGCUGUCGGAUGACUACGGAACUCUGCCGCCUGCAUUAAGCCUCCCUACGGUUUCCCCCAUUUUAACAUCACCGGAAGCUCUUGUCGACAGUUCAGCGCUCUGCCACUGAACGUGACGAGAUCUCGGUGACACUCCGAGUCAUAUCAUGGCCAAUCUUCUUUCGGUUUUCGUUGGACCCGACCAUGAAGUGAGCGCUCUGCGGGCUUUUAUGGAGCAUUCCGGAAUGUUUUUGAGCUUUUGCGAUGUGUUAUCAGUCCAUGCAGUAUCAAUUCAAGGAGAACCCAUGAUCCCU